GCCCUGGCUCUCCGCCUCCCUCCCUUUCUCGUUUGUGGACUCGGACGUUCCCUUUCUUCCCUUAGGAGGACUGCUACACAGAUUUCCGAGAAAUCCGGAAACAGCUGGAGAAAAUGACACACUGGUUUCAUAGGAACCCAUUAAAAGCCACAGCUCCUGUCGCUUUUAACUACUAUGGUGUAGCCGCUGGCCCUGCUGCUUCAAAAAUUUGCAGUGACUUGAGAUCAACCAGAGCACGACUGCUUGAACUCUUCACUGAUUUGAGCUGUAAUCCAGAAAUGAUGAAGAAUGCAUCAGAUUCCUAUUUCUCACUUUUACAAGGUUUCAUAAAUUCAUUGGAUGAAUCUACCCAAGAAAGCAAGUUACGAUAUAUUCAAAAUUUCAAGUGGACUGAUACAUUACAAGGACAGGUUCCAAGUGCCCAGCAGGAUGCUGUUUUUGAAUUAAUUUCCAUGGGAUUUAAUGUAGCUCUAUGGUAUACCAAAUAUGCUUCAAGACUGGCUGGAAAAGAAAACAUAACAGAAGAUGAAGCAAAAGAAGUCCAUCGAAGCCUAAAAAUUGCAGCGGGGAUUUUUAAACAUUUAAAGGAAAGUCAUAUCCCAAAGCUUAUUACACCUGCAGAAAAAGGGAGGGACUUGGAGGCGCGACUACUAGAAGCUUAUGUUGUCCAGUGUCAGGCUGAAGCUCAAGAAGUAACAAUUGCUCGAGCAAUUGAACUGAAACAUGCUCCUGGACUAAUUGCUGCACUGGCCUAUGAAACUGCCAACUUCUAUCAAAAAGCUGAUCAUACUUUAUCCAGUUUGGAGCCUGCGUAUUCUGCUAAAUGGAGAAAAUAUCUUCACUUGAAAAUGUGUUUCUACACAGCUUAUGCUUACUGUUAUCAUGGUCAGACUUUGUUGGCUAGUGAUAAAUGUGGUGAAGCAAUCAGGUCUCUCCAAGAAGCAGAAAAAUUUUAUGCAAAGGCAGAGGCAUUGUGCAAAGAAUAUGGAGAAACCAAAGGACCUGGACCAACGGUCAAACCUUCAGGACACUUAUUCUUUAGGAAACUUGGAAAUCUUGUGAAGAAUACCCUAGAGAAAUGUCAGAGAGAAAAUGGAUUUAUUUACUUUCAAAAAAUUCCAACAGAAGCUCCACAACUGGAACUCAAAGCAAAUUAUGGUCUUGUAGAGCCUGUACCUUUUGAAUUUCCUCCUACAAGUGUGCACUGGACACCAGACACACUGGCCGCAUUUGAUCUCACCAAAAGACCCAAGGAUGACAGUACCAAACCCAAACCCGAAGAAGUGGUGAAACCUGUGAAAGAACCAGAUAUCAAACCUCAGAAGGACACGGGGUGCUACAUCUCCUAAAGUACAUCAAUAAAAUGUGCACUUUGAAUUUCUCUACUAGUAGAUAAGAUAAACCAUGGAACUUCAGUUCGUAUUUCUUGAAAUGUUUCCUCUGAAGCCUGUAGAAUGAUUUAGUACAUUCAGAGGGAAUCUGCCUUCAGUUUAUUUGUUCUUGAUUUUUACUAUGGUAGAGAAGUUUCAUGCUUUGUUUCCAGACUCCAUUUUAAUCAGGACAACAUGUAGAAGAUUUUAUUGUGCCUCUGAAGGGCAUGUUUGGUUGUUGGUUUUUGUUCUGAACUCUGGGUAGUAAUAAGUUUCCGGUUACUAUAUUAUAGUGGUUUCAGGUAUGUUUUUCUAUCUUCACAAACAAAAAGGUUUAUUUUCCUUUCUCUUAUUUGAUGCCAGAAGAAUGACAGGAGUUGGAUUUUAACUGAGAGGCUUUCCCCCUCACUGUUACGUUCUCACACAGACUUGUUAUGUUCUGGGUCUAUUACCUUUUCUGGUAGAAAAGUCAUUUAUAGUUUAAGAUCAGAAAAUCUUCAUACCAAAUCCCUUACAUAUGUAAGAAGCUAUAAUUUGUUCAGAAAUCAGUGUUUAUAGGUAUUUUGAGACCAUUUAAGAACUUUUAAGAACUUACCCCAGCGGUGCCUGGCUGGCUCAGUGCGGGGAGCGACUCUUGAUCUUGGGGUUCUGACUUCAAGCCCCAUGUUGGACAUAGAGAUAACUUAAGUAAAUAAAUAAAUCCUUAAAAAAAAAAAAAA